AUUAGUGGUGAUUGCGUGCGCAUUGCGUCCUUGUCAUCAGACAAGCCUCCAUACUUGCAAGCAUGUCUUGAUGGAAUAAUGCAGACACUACAUCAGCUACUUGUGCUCCUGGCAGCUUCUGUGCUCAGUGGAGGUCUUGAAGACAACCUGUAUCAAGAUUAUGACGCAUUUGGAGAACAGGACGUAACUGUUCCGCCAUGUGCAACAGAUGAGUUCCUCACAUCCAACGGAACACACUUCCUCUGCCAGAUACUGCCUGAUGUUGGAUUCUGUGAUUGCCCUGGCUUGAAUACCACCCCCACACCUGGUGUUGGCAACCAGACAAGCACUCCUGUUGCCCCCCUACCCCCUUCAGGGUGUCCAGUGUUGAGCCCCCCCACACGCGGUGCAUACGCUUGCCUCAGGUCCCCCACAGCCAUCUACUGCUCUGUGUUGUGUGAUCAUCGCUUCGAGUUUUCCAGCUCUCCCAGAAAUCCCUAUUAUUGUGGAGAGGCCACUCUGUUCAACUGGAGGGAUUAUCCUAACGGGGCUAUUCGCACUUCUUUACCCGAGUGUACAGGUUUUCGACACAGACUCCGCCUACUCCACCCCUACGAGAACUACUUGCCCGCUCCUUGCUAUGGCCUCUCUGAUCACACGGCUUGGAUCAUUCUACAAGACCUGUUUGCAAUCCUCAAAGAUGGUUGCUCUGACUGCGUGAUAGAGGACUCUUAUAUAGAGUGUGCUCAGGUGCCAGCCAGUGCACAGCUCUACUCUGAUGUGGCCAAUGCUAGAACUGACUAAAGAAGAAGUAACUAAGUAUCUCACUUAAAAUCUUUUUUCUGUGCAAUCAUUUUUUUGUGGCAUAUCAUAAUUCACUGUAUGUAAUUCAAAGUUUGACAAAAAUUUGUUGGUUUUAUCAA